AAACAACCCUCAACGAGUUUCUGCAACGCGAUGGCAGAUACCAAACUCCAUUCUUUGUGUUCUGUGUGUGCAAAGCUCGCGUUUAGGCUUGGAGCUUUUAUUAAGGACAACCGACGUCCAAGAAAUUUUCACAGAAGUCUUCGGCACCUUGAAAACUCCGCGAAGUCUGGAUGCCAUCUUUGCAUGUUGAUCUUUACCAGCCUCGCUUCUGAAAAUGGAGUAGGCGACUACUGGAGAGUAGAGCCUGAUGGUCCCGUCAAAUGCGUGUUUCGAAACAAUGGAGAGCCUCAUCUCCUUGUAACAUGGAAUCUCGUGAUAAGAAGAUUUAAGCUUUCCUCUCUCCCUGCACCUAGGGUCUUGAGACAGCCAUCUAUUCCCGCUGCAAUCCAGGAUUCAUCCUUAUUGCGAGACGGUGCAAUUGAAAAAUCUCCGAAAUCGCCCAUUCUGUUCUCACAGAUUUCAAAAUGGUUAAACUCUUGCCUUGAAUCUCAUCAAAAUUGCUCUUCAGAUUUUCCAAGCAUAUUACCUACCAGAGUAAUAGAUGUGGGAGCUUCUGAAGGACUGCGCGAUUCCCAUAUCUUCAUCACUAAUGGUCAGUCCGGAAAGUAUGCUGCGCUGAGCUAUCGAUGGGGGACGUCACCUACAAUCACCACAACCUCUGAAACCCUUGCCUCUCAUAUAAGCGGCAUGAGAAUGGAAACUCUGCCCAAAACACUACAAGAUGCCAUCCUAGUUAGCCGGGCAUUAGGCCUCCAAUAUCUUUGGAUAGAUGCUCUAUGCAUCAUUCAAGAUUCCCCUCACGACUGGGCUGAGCAAACAGGCAAGAUGGCAGGAAUAUACCAAGAUGCUCACCUCACUAUCUCCGCUGAUAACGCGGAAGGUAGUGACUCUGGAUUCCUAGCAGAUCGUAACCUGCAAGCCAUCAGGAGUUGUCAUCAUAUGGGUGCUCGAAUAUCAAUCCACCCCGACAUACAACAAGUUUUUGACGUCAUUAAUGUCGGGCCUCUCAGCCAACGUGGUUGGAUCCUGCAAGAACGACUUUUCUCACGUAGAAUAAUUCAUUGGAGCCACCUCGAGGUAGGCUGGGAGUGUAGAGAGAUGCAGUCAACUGAGCGAGAUCCUCAGGGGCAAGUGGAUAUCGAGUGGCUUGGUUCGAAUGCAAGAAAGAUGUUUGCGUCGACGAUACCUCCAAAUUUAAAGCUGGACAAAACAUCUGGUCUAUCUGAGGACUCAAUUCCACCUAAUAGCACCUUUCAAGACAUCAAGAGCGACAUUUAUGACGCCUGGUAUCGUCUCGUUGAAGAAUAUAGUGGUCGACUCCUUACAUAUCCAGACAAGGACAAACUGAUCGCCCUCUCCAGCAUUUCGAAAACCUACCAUAAGAGAUAUAGUCGAAUACUAGGCCCUGAAAUAUCAUACAUAUCUGGUUUGUGGAAGGAUGAUCUUGCCAGGGGACUUUCUUUCAAUUAUGGAACUGGACGCAUGGGGCGUAAACAGCGUGGUCUACCACAAGCUACUGUAUGCAAUCUCGAGGAUCCAUUGACUUGGAAAUAUAUGCCACCAUCUUUUAGCUGGACGAGGGGAGACGGUGCGGUCAACUGGCAGAAUCGGCUAGGAACAGGCUACAACAUUCCUGAAUAUAAUGUUGAAGUCCGCGAUGUAUACAAUAUCACCACUGGAGGAAAUCCUUGGGGUCCAGUUGAGAGUUGCUGGAUCGUACUGAGAGGAGUGGUGUGUUCGAGAGAGUUGAUACGUGCAGUGAGGGAUUACCGUUACCACACUGAUGACGACGUGACAACUUUUGACCGAAUUCAAAGAGAAAGUUACAUAAGGCUGAGCGUUACUUUAAAGCCGGAGGGAACAUAUGAGCAAACGUGGUUGAUGAUCCAUCCAGUUGGUGAAGCGGAUGAAUAUCGCAGGAUUGGGGUCUUUUCCACAUUCGGAGAUUUUUCUAUGAAUCGGACAGAUAAAACUAAUAUCAAGCUCAUAUAAGUGAUGUAAGCGAUUCUGGAUAUGGACAGAAGACCCAGUAGAGGUGGUUGCAGCCAAUUUAUGUUUACUGCGAGAUGUAAGGGAACAGAAGCCAAUAUGAGAUAUCUAAGCCCUGUUUAGUUAACGCGGAGGGUAAAUCAGUCCAUCAAUUAAUU